AUGUCCCGCUCUCCGCUGCCCCCUUCCAAUGUUAACAGCAUUAGGCCUGCAGAUGUGUCUGUGUUUUCCUCUAUUGGACUUCACAUGCACAGUACUGAACUAUCCAUGGUAGCGUCAAGACUUCAAGAGCUGAUGAGUUUGUUCAAUCCUGCACUGAUCAGUCCUCUCUCAGAUGAAACAAGCAUGUAUGCAGCUCAGUUUGAUCAACACAGCACACUAGUGGACCAGGCAAAGGAAAUGUCCAACCAUCUCCAGAACAGUCAGGUGGGUGCACGAGAGGCUGAUUCUUGGAAGUUGGUGCUUCUUUUUGUUCAGGUGGAUCAGCUCUGCACCUGUGAGCAGCAGCAGGUUCAGUCUGUUAUCAGGUCAGUAGUUGAAGAUGUGGAUAAAGCUCUGCAGUUGCUGCAUUCUCAGCUGAAGCAGACCAUUGUCAGUGUUGCAUUAUGGAACGGAGAGCAUGACAGUUUCACAAACAAGAUGUGUCCAUGUAUGGAAAGAAAUGGUGAAGGAGAAGUCAGACUACUGAGGGCCAUGCUGACUCAUGCUCUGCAGGAGUCUUUGGACGAGCUCUUAGUGAAGAAGCGCUGGUACGCUGACAGAGAUGACUUCACCGUCAUCCUGCAGGACUCACCUUUCAUCACAGAUCCCUCAUCUAUCGGUGGGAACCCUAUCUCUGAGUCACAAGCGUCACUGCAAACUGAUAAACUGUUGGUGCAGAUGUGGAAAAACCUGCUGCAGCCCACUAGUGCCCAACAUAACACAGAGGACAAUGGAAAGAUCAUUGCAUUGCCGUGUCCAACUGAGGACCGACCCUUUCUGAGGACGGAGGGGAACUCUCCUUCAUAUCACCACAGCCAUGCCUCUCCUCUGCUUAAGCCAUUCACAGGCACAGAGAUGCCCUGUGAAGACCUCAGCCCCUCAGCCUCAAUACCCACCUCAGUGCAUGAACUCAGACCUGCAGAUAUCAAAGUUGUGGCUGCUGUGGGAGACUCUUUGACAGCAGGGAACGGCAUUGCAUCCAGCCAACACAACAUACUAGAUGUCCUGAAUCAGUACAGAGGUUUAUCCUGGAGUGUUGGUGGAGAUGACAACCUCACAACUGUAACUACUCUUCCCAACAUCUUAAAGUAUUUCAACCAAAACCUGACGGGCUACUCUGUUGGGAUGGGUAAACAGCAAAAUCCUAAGGCCUUCCUCAACCAGGCUGUGGCAGGAGCAAAAAGCGAGGACAUACCAUCACAGGUGCGGACCUUGGUGGCAAAGAUGAAAAAUGACUCUAGAAUCAAUUUUAAAUCUGAUUGGAAACUGAUCACUCUUUUUAUUGGUGGAAAUGACCUGUGUGACCACUGCUACAAUUCUCUUCGCUACUCUGUAGAGAAUUAUAUGCGCAAUGUUCGGGAAAGUCUGGAUUAUCUCCACAAAGAGGUACCUCGGGCUCUGGUGAAUUUAGUAGAACCACUCCACAUUAUCCCAUUAAGAGAAAUGCAUGUUAAUGCUUCCCUUAAAUGCCCAACCUGGCUGGUUAAUAUUCUGUGCCCUUGCGUCAUCUUGCCAAAGCCCCGCUCUAAAGCUCUUCAAUUGGUGGAAGACCUCAAUAGAAACUAUCAGCAUUCACUGAGUGAGAUUGUGGGGUCAGGUCAGUAUGACAGUCGCACAGACUUCACUGUGGUCGUCCAGCCUUUCUUCAGAGAAAUCGUUGUCCCCAAACUGCCGGAUGGCCGUCCAGAUCGUGCCUUCUUCAGUGCUGACUGCUUCCAUCUCAGCCAGAAGGCCCAGACACUGAUGGCUCGCUCCCUCUGGAACAACAUGCUGGAACCUUUGGGCAAUAAGACUUACAGACAAGAUUUUAAUAACGACAUGGACCUGAAAUGUCCAACCAAGACUUCACCAUAUAUUCGAACCUAUCACAACAGCAAUUACACAUAUACUAAUCCCACACCAACACCUGGACCCAACACAAACUGGGGAAGUGACUUAUCUUGUGUGAACCUUGAUCCAUCUGACAUUGUGCCAACAUCAGUUCACAAGUUAAGACCAGCAGACAUCAAGGUGGUGGCAGCCCUGGGAGACUCUUCAACGGCUGCAACUGGUGCCAAAGCAAAAAAUGUGUUUGACCUCAAUAAAGAGUAUAAAGGAGUAUCAUGGAGUAUUGGAGGGGAUGCCACUCUGGAGACUGUCACAACACUACCGAACAUCCUGAAGAAGUUCAACCCCUCUCUAAAGGGCUUCUCCAAAGGUCAGCUGGCAGUGCAGAAGGGCUUCAACAUGGCUGUGUCUGAAGCUAAGACUUCAGAGAUUGGAGCACAAGUCCAAGCUCUCAUCAAGGCCAUAAAAGACAACAAGGCAGUGAAUUUCGAGAAGGACUGGAAACUUUUGACGUUAUUCAUAGGGGGAAAUGAUCUUUGCCAUUAUUGCUUAGACCAAAAUAAUCUGUCACCAAAGAAUUACAGCCACAAUCUUAUGCUUAGCUUGGACAUGCUUUACAAAGAGGUGCCAAGGAUGUUGGUCAAUGUGGUGGAGGUCUUGCAGAUAGACCCAUUGAAAAGAGUUAAGAAGAACUCACUGAGCUGUUCACUGAUGCAGAGGGGAAGCUGUCCCUGUGUCAUCAAUCCAUCUGAAAACUCCCCAGAGUUUGAAGAGAUAAAACGGAUCAAUCGUGAGUACCAGGCUGAAAUCCAGCAACUGAUCUCUGGAGAUCGCUAUGAUGGAAGAGAAGACUUUGCUGUUGUUCUUCAACCCUUUUUACGCACUUCCUUUAUACCUUAUAUUGGUAUGGGUGAGCCAGACACUAGUUUCUUCUCUGUGGACUGCUUCCACAUCAGUGAGCGGACACAUGCUGAGAUGGCUAUUGCCCUCUGGAACAACAUGCUGGAGCCUGUAGGCAGGAAACAGGCGUACAACAACUUCACACAUGACCGCUCCAAGCUAAACUGUCCAUCUGAGGCUAAUCCCUUCAUCUUCACUAAGAUGAAUAGUCUCGCAAGUCCACCUGUGAUGACCACCACGGCCGCUGCUCCUACCACCAGCUCCAGUCUUGCACCAACCCCCCCCAUAGUCAAGUGUGACUCUGCCAUCCCUGUGUGGGUGCCAGUGAUUGUGGGAAUUGUCAGUCUACUGGCUGGCAUUAUUGCCGCCUGGGCAAUUCUUUCCUGUGUUCAGCGCCGGAAAAAAGAGGAGAGAGGAGUAGAAAUGAGAGGAACUGGUUUUUAA